CACCUUCCAAGGAUCCAAGCUGAUUGGAGAAAUCUGAACUACGGCAAGGACUGAGGGACAAAAAAGUCCUAGCCUACCGCUUGCAGAAUUACACGCACAGCAAUAAGGCGUCGGACUGUCUAUUUUAAAUGUAUUAUUAGUAAUCUUUGGCUCAUUUACAGACGCAGUAGAUGAAAUAAAUAGCUUGCAUUACACUGGGAGGUGUUUGCCGUGCCCUGCAGGUCCCUCUCCUGGUAUGCAUUAGUCAUGCUCAUCAUGCACUAAACACGACGCACAGCGAAACAGCCUGGCUCAUGUCGGACUGCGGUGACAACUGGCACGACUAUUUUAUUCGACUUUGGCUGUGGGGGGAAAACGUAACAGAAAUGUAUAUUCCGAGCCCCAUGUUAAACUAUUCCAGCUGGUGAGGAGUGACGGGUCAGACAACCCCAAACCCCCCCCGGCGCGGAGACAGGUGGUCUCGGCUUCACAGCUCUUUGAUCCCGUUACCUGGCCGCCGCCCUGGCAACCCGGCGUCGCGUUGCUAAGGAAGCAGCUGGCAGCUUGGCGGUGGCUCAGUGGAGCGGGACGGGACAUGGCUGGGAGCAGAUCGGGCGGAGAGUUGGUCCUCCACGGACACAAAGCCAACAUCGGCGCAGGGUGAAGAUGAAGGGCUACCUGAGCAGCUCUCAGAGAACCAGCACCACUCGUCACCUGUCUGCCUGCGCCCCUCCGGACAGCCUGGGCAGCCCCCCCGAUCGGAGCCGAUGGGAUGACGCAGCGCAGCCUCCAGUCAGCAGGGGGAGUCCUGACAUCGACGAGCUGGAGCGCAGCCUGCGUGAGCUGAAGAUGCAGGUGCGGAGCCUGGCUUCCAGUCUGGACCUGGGUUCGAGGACAGAGGGGGCUGGGGGCUCUGACAUGACAACCAGCACUCUGGACCGCACCCCCUGCAGGGAGCAUGCCUCAAUGGACUGGUUCUUGAACCCAGAGCACCUGGUUGACAGCCCGCGGGGAGCCCCCCAGUACCCAGCGCUGCAGGGCCCGGGGGGUGCAGGGGCAGACAGGGCUGUGUCCCCAGCAGGCAGGCUGGGCAGUGAGCUCAUCAGCAGACUCUACCCCAGCCUGUCCUGGGGCUCCGCACUGGACCUGCCCUUCUCUCUGGGCUCCCCCCAUGUUAUCGGGGUACGCUCCCUGCUGCCCCCUGACCCCCCGGUCAGGAUGCGGAGGCCCCGGUCCAGGGCACCCCCUCCCCGCAGCUGCAGGGGGGACCCCCGAGAUCCCCGAGCGCGCUCGCUGUCACCCCAGCCCAAGAGGAAGCGCUGUCACCACUCGCGCUCCCAUUCCCCUCGGCCCCCCAGGAGGCCCUCUCGCUGGGGGGACCGGCAACCAUGGAGCCCCUACAGCCUGGCUCCCCCUGCCCUGCACACUGCGCCAGGGGCACUGGAGCUGGGAGAGAGGUUCCUAUGGUCCCAGCAGGAAGCGCAUCACUCGCUGCUGGAGCAGUCCCCGUAUCAGCAGGAGCUGUCCCGCCUCCGGCUAGAGCGCCUCCAUGUGGAGGAGGACCUGCUACUGCAGCUGAAGAGACAGCAGGAGCUGGAGAGGACCAGGGGGCCCAGAGAGCAGUGGUACGCUAUGAAGGGGCCGCAGUUCCAUUACGAAGCUCGCAAGAACAACGAGCUCGUGAGGGGCCUCGACCAGCCCGCCCUGCAGCACUACAGGCAGGAGCUGCUGGCAGCCUCCCAGCACCGGAGCCACAGCGCCCCCUGGCAGUGAGGGGGAGCAGCUGCACGGGCUAGAGGGGACUCACAAAGCCGUGCAAGUCAGACAGCCCUGAG